UCGACAGCAACAACAAUCAUUCGAGGGAAACCGCUGUGGAGCGGCCCGUUUCAGGGUGGCUGGGGACGGUGGGGCGGCUGUAAAGCAUGCCGCACUCAUUGGCCGGCUCUCCCUCUGUCUCAGGGGUCGCUGACAGCCUCGAAUUGCCGGGUAUCACGUGACGUAGCCGGUUUAGAGUGGCUGUGCGGUGUGGCGCAACUGCAUGUGAUUGAGGUCGACGUCAUUUAGGCAGGAAGGACUCCGAAAUGUUCUCUUUGGUCAGUUAUCUCUGCUGUUCGAUUAGAAUUUGCAUUGCGACAUCUAUUGACUGUAGAUAACACCGAUGGCAGACCAGGCUGACUAUUACAAAGUCCUGGGUGUAGCCCCAACUGCUUCCCAGCAACAGAUCCGCGACGCCUACAAAAGAGCAUCACUCAAGACUCAUCCAGAUCGAGUCCCCGCCGAUUCUCCGGAAAGGCCUGCUCGUACCAAGAAGUUUCAGAGGGUAAAUGACGCCUACUACACACUUUCGGAUCCGGACCGACGCCGUGAAUACGAUAAUGCCCGAAGGGAUUAUUUUGGUGAUGAGAGUGAAGAUGUAGAAGAGGAGGUCCCACGUGGAGCGGGUGCGUUUCCAUGGUCGAAUUUCGGCUUUGGUGGCACAGAGCGAGAACGCGAACGCCAAGAACGUGAUUCUGAGCAGUUUGGCUCUAUAUUCGAAGAAAUGCUUCGGGAAGAAGGAAUGGCCAACGAGGAAUCAGACGCUGAAGGUCGAAGACAAUCAGUCCCAACCAAGAAGUUUUGGUCAGUCGUGGGGGCUAUCAGCGGCGGUGCACUGGGCUUCAUUGUUGCCAAUGUACCCGGUGCACUCGCCGGUGCAGUGGCUGGAAAUAGACUCGGUGCUGUUCGAGAUGCUAAAGGAAAGAGUGUAUACGACGUGUUUCUUGAACUGCCGCAGUCAGACCGUGCCAGACUGCUGAGCGAGCUAGCAGCUAAGGUAUUCCAAACAACAUUGGGAGGCUGAAAUUUUGUCUUUUCUCUUCAUUUAUUAAGGUUGUCAUUUUUGAUUGAUUACGAUAGGGCGUUGAUUUCUAGUGUGUGUGAUUUGGCAGUAUUUGCCCCGCGGACAGUGUCUGUGAAUUACACUUCUGCCAUCACUUGAGGCUAGCUGAUAUGAACCAUAGCUAAAAAAUGUAGAUAAUCAAGUUAUAAUGUGUUCCAGAUCAAUUUAUCUGGUGCUUUAUCAGCCAUGGCUAUCAACGAUAAGGGAUAAGAGAAGAG